GUCUCCAUCGUCAACAGGAAGCGGGGGAAGCGUCCUUGGAGAUGUUGUUAGUGCUGUAACUUUAGCAUCUUUCGCCCCUAUGCGUAUAGAAUGUUUGCGUUUAACAACUGAAAACAAGUCGGUAUUGCCACAGAGGCUAAUGAGAAAGCGUUUAAAGUUUGGAAGUAACCAUGACUGCAGCUGCUCUCAUAGGAGACCAGCUGAUUCUUGAAGAGGACUAUGAUGAUAAUUAUACACCUUCUGAACAAGAGAUCCAAGAAUAUGCAAGAGAGAUUGGCAUUGAUCCUGAAAGGGAGUCGGAGCUCCUGUGGCUGGCCAGGGAAGGCAUUGUUGCCCCUCUUCCUCCCGAGUGGAAGCCUUGCCAGGAUGUGACGGGGGACAUCUACUAUUUCAACUUCUCUUCGGGACAGUCCACGUGGGACCACCCCUGCGACGAGCACUACCGCUGCCUGGUGGCCCAGGAGCGUGAGCGCGCCCAGCUUGCGACCACCACGGGAAGUGCAGGGCCGAAGAAGGACAAGAAAAAGAAGAAAGAAAAGAAGGAGAAGAAAGAUAAAAAAAAGAAGGAGCCGCUCAAGACUCCUGGAGCUCUGAGUUCCUCUCUGGGACGCCUACCGUCCCCUCUGGGCAGCCUGGCUCCUCUGAGAGGUCUGGAUGCCCCCGGCCCGGGACCACUAUCUGGCUCUGCUCCUACUCUCCGGCGCACCCUCGGCAAUUCUGGGGGACUGGAGCCACUAAAGACAUCGCUUGGGAGCCUUCGGGGAAGUGGAGCCUCGAGUGUUUUGGGCAACCGGAAGGAGGAGCAGGUGUCUCUCACUCUGCCGGAUUUCUAUGAUGAUGAAGAUGAUGACAAUGAGGAUGAGAACAUCUCCGAAAAUGAGCCAAGUCCUCGUGGUUCCGACCGGUUAUUGAAAAACCUUCAUCUAGACCUGGACGCACUCGGAGGAGGCCUUCAGUAUGAGGACAGUGAAGCCAGUGGUGGAGCUCCAGCCGAGGAGAGGACAGAGCCAGAGUUGCAGGACUUGGCUCUGUCUGGAGACCACAGUCCUGAACCACCUUCCCAACAGGACUCUCUGAGGGGCCGCCACUUGUCCUCACUGACAGGGCGCAGAAACCAUGUCAGUGAGGAGGGGACCUGCCCUGAACCCUCUGCUGAACAGGAAAUAGAAAAACAGAUAACUGAGGCGGUGGAGGAGGAGAAGGAGGAAGUUCAGGUAGAGAACGUAGAGGAUGAAGCAGGAGUGGAAGCAGAGGAGGCAGGAGGUGAGGAAGAUAGGGACAAGGAAGAAGUCAAAGAAGAGGUGGAUGAGAUGGAAGAUGAGCAAGGAGGAAGUAAAAGGACUAUCGAAAGCAAGAAAGAGUUGGGUGAAGUAGAGAGCGAUGAGGUAGAGGAGGAGUGCUGUGAAGGCGGUGAUGAAGUGUCAGAAAACAUUCAACAAAUUAAAAAGCAGGAGAGCAACGAGCAAGAGAACAGUGGCAGUGAUAAAGAGAGUUGUGCUGAAGGAGAGAGUUUACAUAAAGAGAAAGAAGAUGCGAAGGAAGAGGUGCAAGAAGAAGAAGAAGAAGAAGAAAAAGACAAAUAUGAAUUUGAGGACGGUAGUGAUGAAGAUGUCGAGAAAUAUUCCAAAACUGAUCAAGAUGCUGGAAGUGAAAAGGAGGAUAAAGAGGUGGAUCAGGUUGAGAAAAGCAUAGAAAUCGAAGUAGGGCAGAAGGAGAGUGAGGAGGAGAUGGAUAGAAAAAGAGAGGAGGAGGAGGAGGGAGAGGAGGAGGAGGUUGAGAACGAUGAGGCUUUGGAGAGAUGCUCUCUGAGCCAGAGGAAAGUGACAGAGAGCGACAAGGUGUUAGAGAGAUGUGGACAGAGCGCAGGAGGAGAAACAGAAGGGGAGGAAGAUGGCGUAUCUGAUGUCCAAAAGCCCCAAACUGCAUCAGAGAGUGAGGAGGAAGUCGUGGAGGUUUUUGAGACUGGAACGGCCCUUAAAAUGCUUGACCAAACGAGAGAAACUCUCGCUGGCAAGAUGGAAAACGGGACCAAAAAAUCCCUCAUUCCUGCAGAGGAGUCUGAGGACAGUGAGAACAUUGAGGAGGCUUCAUCCUCUAUAGAUGUCAAGCUGUCAGAAAAGAUUCUGGACCUGUCCGGCACUGUCAGUCCUCUGGAGAGGGAGGAAACAAAAGCGGAAGAGCAGAAAGAAGGAGGAACAAAGACAAAGAAUGCUGAAGCUGCCAAGAGGAUUUUGCAGGAUUCCAGCAAAGACAACCCUUCAGCUUCUAAUGUCGACCGACUCGUCCUCCACCAGUCAAGCCCCUCCCUCUCCCUCUCAAAUUCCUCUUUUUCGGAGCAAGGGGUCGGGCUCCAUCCUAAAACCGAUAGCCUCGGCACCUCUAUGGCGAUACAAAGGCCGGAAACCUCCAGAGGUCGGCUGUCCCGCACCUCCAACACCCAGCUAGACGAUGAUGAAGCCUUCCUCAAAAUCCAAAAGAGCCCAAAGGAAGAAGAGCCAAGCUGGAGGGUCAGUAAAUACAUGGAGAAGAAAGAGGAGGAGAGAGAAGAGGAGGAGAGAAAGAGAGACGAAAGGAGUCUGAAAGAAAGGAAGGAGGAGAGGGAGAGGACUAAGACUGACCUAGAGGUGGAGGAGGAGAGGGACCAUAUGAUAAAGGAUAAGGACAAGAGAAUGCUUCUCCUCCAGGAGGAGCUGAGGAGAGGAGAGGAGGAGGAGGAGAGGAAGCUGAAGGAAGAGAGUGAGGAAAGACUGAGUGCUCUGCGGCAGCGCCUCCUGUCCAAGAGACGAGAGGAGGAGGCCAGGCUGAGCGAGGAGUCUGACAGGAUGCUGGAGGAGCUCAGAGAGUCAGCCAAGCAGGAGAGGGAGAAACAGCAACGCAAACUCAGGGAGGAGAGCGAGGUCAUGCUAAAGGAGUUUCGCAUCACUCUGGAGGAAGAGCGAGGAGCCGAGCGCGACAGACUGGAGGGUCAGAGGACACGGGACAUCGAGCGUCUCCAGGAGGAGUCUGAAGAGGAGCUGCAGGCUGAGAAAAGGAGACUCCAGGGAGAGAGGGAGGAGAAACUGAACUCUCUGAAACAUGAGGUUAAAAUCACAGAGCGGAGGAGGGAGCUCAUGAGUCCACGUCCUGAACUGCAACUGGCAGAGUACCACCGAGAGCUAGGAGAUGUUCUCCAGGAAGUGCGGGAGGAAGUGCAGCGUGAUCACGAGAGGAAGCUGGAGCAGCUGAGGGAGGACCACAGGAGGGAGAUGAACAGCAUCAGAGAGAAAUACAUGGAUGAGGAGACGGCUCAGAGGGCACGCCUACUUUCUUCCCUGCAGGAUGACAGGGAGCAGCUCCAGGCAUCGCAUGCUGUCCAACUGGAGAAACUCCGCUUGCAGCUCAACACACAGAUACAGAAGACACAGCUGGCACACUCGCGCAAGGAAUCCGAACUCGAGGAUCUGGCCGAUAAGUUGGAGCUGAGAGCCAAAGAGCUGAAGAGCCAGGAGGCCAUGAUGCAGAACAAGGCAGCAGAUCUAAAGAGGAGGAGGAAGAAACUUGGGGAGGAAGAAGAGGAAGUGGACAGGCAGAUCGAGACCUUACCCCGGCUGAUGCAGGAGAGGGAUCAGCUGACGGAGGAGCUGGAGAGGUUGAGAGAGGAGAAACAUCAAGCCAGGGAACUCCUCCAGAGAGCGAGGGAGGAGAAGAGUGAGGCCAAGCAGGGGGAGGACAGGCUGAGGGAGGAGAGAGAGAGAGCCAGGGAAGAGAGCAGGAGGAGCAAGGAGGACAACGAGCGACUGGAGAGCAAGGUGGCGCUGCUGCAGGAGAGAUGCGACCGUCUCACUCGCAGAGUCAGUGAGCUGGAACAAGGCGAAGGAGGGAGCGCCUACCCAAGAGCAGAAGCUAAAUGGGACAAGAAGAAGGCAGAGAGAGCCGAGGUAGCAGCGCCCUCCAGUGACAGGAGAGACUCCUUGCUUCAUGUUGAAGACCUGGACGACCCGCCUCUCUCCCCUGUACCCGACAGCACCAGCAGCGUGGACGACGUCCGACGCUACAUCUCCUCACAUGGCGAAUCCAUCCAAAAAACCAAACAGUUCCUGGAGAGGGAGAGCAGCCGGCUGAUGGAGAGACAGGCAGCUCUGCGGGCAGCCCAGAAUGGCUCUUCCCAGGACCCCAACCAGGGAGGAGGGGUGACUGAGGAGAUGAUAAGAAACCUUCAGCAGGAGAGCAGGAAUGUGUUGGAGCUGCAGCGGACGGUUCAGAGGGGAAACUCUCUCCUGCGGAGGAAAGAGGAGCAGCUCCAGCAGCUGGAGGGCUCUCUGGCUGAAGAGGCGCUGUUUGAGGAUCUGUCUCGGCUGGCAGGAGAGAGGAAGGUGACCUUUGAUGUGACUGACUCGGAUCUCAGCAGCACCGUGGACCCACCGGAUGGAGCAGGAGGUCAUCCUAAUGUCCCGGACAAAGUGCAGGAGUUAGCAGAGUCCCUGCAGCAGAUCUCAGGCCAGCUCAACACCGUGCUGGGUGCGUUGGGUUCACUUACAGAGAGGCAGAGCAAUCCCGCCUAUACACCCUUCUCUCUGCCUCUGUCUCAAUCUCACUCCACCCCAGCUCCCCCUUCCACCUCUGCCCCAGUCAUGCCCCAGAUGCACCCCCUUGGCUACAGCUCCUCACUCCCGCCUCCCCCGACGUCCUGGAACUGGGCACCCCAGGGCUCCUCCACAGCCCCACCCUUCUUCAGCAACCCCGUCAGCAGUGGGCUGAGGGCCUCUGAGGACCUAAUCAACAGCCGAUGGAACCAGAUAUUCCCCGGAGCAGCUAUGGACCCAAUCGCCUGCAGCACCCUGGGAGCAUCCUCUGCUUACCCUUCAUACACUCCUGCUAGUAACCAUGGUCGGAACUUGAGGUCCAUCCAGAAGUCAGAGGAGCUGGACGGCCAGCGGCUGCAGGGGCUGAUCGACGGCAACAAGAGGUGGCUGGAGAUGCGCAAGAAAGACACCAGCAUACCUCUGUUCACUCGCUAUCGGGCUCCUUCCACGAAGAGCAGCCUGGUGCAGCUGGGCCUGGACGAUAACAACCAGAUCAGAGUGUAUCAUUACUGAGGACAUGACACAAAGGUCAUUCAUGCUGCACUGUGGCUAUCACUGAGGACUUUGAGCAUGAAUAACUGACAGCUCAGCUUUGUGACGUUUACACACGGGGCCUCAUGUGAGCCCUCUUUGAUCCAUUCCUUUUAAAAGCUGCAAAGGUUUACCCGACCUUCUCUGAUUGGAGGAGGACAUGGCAAUUCAGGGAGAAAUAUGUCACAGAGGGCUGAGGACCUUUAUCCUCCUACAAUAUAUACGGCCUUAAAGCACUUCCAACGCCACGUUUACAGAUUACAGCUCCAUGCCAGACUUGGGCCAAACUGUUUUUAAAUGGUUUUGUUUACUUUAAUGGCCAGACAAUCACAUGGACUCAUUUACUAUACUAUUUAUACUGGUUUUACUGAAAUCACCCCAAACACCACCCAGUUUUACUUCAUGUUGUGAACCCAUGGUGUUAGCUGCACACAGGUCAAUAUUGAUUCCAUGACAGGUUACAUAUGUAUUUAUGACACUCCCUUUUAAGUGAUUUCUAUGUCAAGUGAAUGUUUUUAAUUCAUUUGUUUAGAUGGUGGUUUUAGUAUGUCAGAAGCAACUCAUAUUGGUUCAAAUCACUGUCAAGGGAAAGCCAAUUAGUGUAAAGUAACAUAUGUGUGCAGGCAGAUGGAUGAAUUUCUUUUGUGCAUAUUUAUGUGUUAAUACAACUGUAUUUUUGUAUAAAAUAUUUGAAUAAAUCUACUUUUAUAUA